UUUUAUAGUUACAUCAUUUAUUAUUUCUUUCCAUGGAAUAAGUUUUCAAUCUUGUCAAACUAAAUGCGAUGAAGAAGAAGCGUGUUUGUCCGCACGAUAUUUACGUAGAUAUAGUCUAUGUGAAAUAUAUGAUAGUUAUCUUGACAAGCAAUCAAAAGAACCAGGAACUCGGGUGCAUAUUAAAGAUAAUUUAAAUACAAAAUAUGACAGCAAGAACAAAACAUUGUGUGAAAAAUCAUUCUGUCCUAAACCAAUGUUCAACAAUGCCGACACACUUGGAAAUCUCUUUGGUAUAGGCUCAAAAUUGGAAAUAAAAUGUAGUGAGACAAACAAGUCGGAGAUAAUACACUGUCUGCCAGGUGGACUUUGGUCAGUAAACGAAUUCUUCUGUACAUCCAAUCUUUAUUCUGCUUGUGAAAAUCCUUCAUUUUUGAUUGAAGGAAAACUUGGGGCUUUAAAUGCUUUUAAUGAAACGCAUGUCAGUGUUAAUGCAUCUUGUAACUUGGGAUAUAACCUGCUUGUCUAUGGUAACAUCCUUUGCGAAAUUUCUACGGGAAUGUGGACUGGGUUUGAAAGCGUUUGCUGUGUAAAACUUCGAAUUGCAGAUUGGACAAAAAUGUAUAGUUACCAGCCCACUGACAACACGUACAGCAUUAAGACUUUAUACAAAAGAUUACAUACAUACGAGGAUAUUAAUGCAUGUGCAAACGGUAUCUAUCAAAAUGAAGCUAUUUUUGAUAACUGGGAAAAUGAACACAUAAGAUAUAUUAAUUUUACAGUUAUUUCUGGUGGCACAACUGUAGCUUACAUGCUUUUUAAUGGAUUAGGAACAAACAAUACGUCUUGGUUUUCCUUUGAGAAUUUAGUUCAAAGUUCAUGGUAUGAUUUAACACCUAAGUCUUCUGUUCAAGUUUUCAGUUUGCAUGGGCUUCAGGAAAGUUUCAGAAGAUGGUACGUUGCUAGAAACGCAAGUGAGUAUGCAUCGUGCACAGAGGAUGUUGUUUGGUUUGUUGUAACUUGGGGUUUCACUUACAAAUGUGAGAGAUUAGAAGGUCGUCGGUACAAACUGGCAAAAAUCAUGUAUUCGAAUAAUGGAAGAGCUUCAAUAUUUGCGGACGGUAAUUUUGGACUUGCAGAUAAGUUGGAAAUAUGGAUUCAAAACUAGGAAAUAAAUAUAAAGUAUAUAUAAAAAUGGAUUCAUAAAUAAGAAGCUUAUACGACUGGAUUCAAAAAAGCGAUGGCUAAAAAUGUAUUUAUAAAUAGGAAUGUAUAAAAUUGAAUCAAAAAUAACGAAUAAGGAACGUAUAUAAACAGGCUCAAAAGUAAUGUUCUAAUGAAGAUGAAUUCAAAAAAGAAUGUAUAUAAAAUGGACUCAAAAAUAAUGAAUGGAUUCAAGAGUUAUGUAUUUUCUUCAAGAAUUAUGUAUCUAUAUAAAUGCCACAAAAGACAGUUUCAGUACCAUUGAAAAGAAGAAAUACAAAGUAUACAUGUACUUUUUACCUAUGUUCGUUGUCAUUAUACGUGAAAACUGUUGGUCUGGUUAAUUCAUUCUAAGGUAAUUUUAAUAUAUUGUUUCCAAAUUAAAGGACAAGCAGAAAAUUGUUAGGCAAUAAAACUUCUUGUAGCGUAGUAAUGGGGUUACUAACAUUUAUGCUUUUA